UGUUGCAAUUCCUCAGAGGCAACGACCCCGCGAGGUCGGCGAUUGAAAGAAGAAGAAGAGGACGAGGUGGAGGAGGAAUUGGCACUGUGUUAUACUCUUCGAAUUGGCUGUUGUUGUUUGUUGUUUACAUUGCUAGUUGGAGGUAGCGUUGAAGAGUUUCAAUCGGGAAUAGCGAGUCGUGAAGAUGGUGCGUGAGGACAACAGUUUCGUCUUCGGGACGGAGGAUGAUGACGACGAAGCGAUUGUAGCAGCUAAGGGGAAAGAGCUGGAGGGAGCGUGGGCCGAGACUAAACAAGAGGUGCAGAAGCAGAUGCAGCUCCUGGCGUCUUUCGGAACCGCGGGCGGAGUGGCAGACGCGGCAAUGGUGCCGCGGACGAGUGCGUUGUUGCAGGAUCACAUUGCCAAUCUGAGAACCCUAAUUGUUCGUUACGAGAUGAUUGCUCAGCAGUACUGUACGGAGGAGGGCGUCCAGGCCGCUAUGAGGACUGUGCAGGAGUGGAAAGAUCAAAUUCAGGCAUUACGAAUGAGCUCAAGAAAUGCUAAUCUUCAGGCUAAACGCAACAUUGAUCAGGCUGAGGGAGCAAUCUUCUUUCGGGUGGACAGGAUGUCGACCUUCGCCGCAGACAGUUGCAGUAUGAAUCAUAUCGUUCUCAUUCGAGCUUUUUAUGCUUAUGAAACUUUUCUUAGUGGUGUAAGCUUUUCAUCAGAUAACCUGCAAGCUGAUCCCCUUCCGAAACGGAAAUGAUCCUACCCUACAUAAAUUUGGAAUCCAUGCCAUAUUCUCAUUCUAAUAAAUGUUUCUAUGUUCAAGAACACGAGCUGGUAUGACUUCUGCUGCCGAGGGCAUCACUGAUGGAUUGCGUCGCACCCGCCAAUUGAUGAUUCAGGUCAGAGUAGAGUUUUCAUUAGACACGCUAUUUGUUUGCAAUUUUACUAAAGUAUAUAGCUCGAAAGAGUGAUAGCUGGAACAAAUCGUCUGCCGCCUUACCCACAGUAUUAGUCCUCCUUGGGUUGGACAUGUUUUUGACAAUAUUUAUCAACACGCCCCGUCUGUGGCCUGUGCCACUAUCGUGGUUUCUGCGCCUUUCUCUUUAAUGUUAAACACCUCGGUUGGAGGUGAUCAGAAGUGCUUCUGUCAUACAAUGUUCAUAAGGAA